CUGGACUCGUGCUGUGAGCCGCGAGACGGGCCACAGCUGCGCGAGGCGUUGUUGUUGUUGUUCCCCUAAUUUGGGAACCUUCGAAGUGCGGCGGGGGAGAAGAGACCCACACAGCUGUGCGACGCCGCAUCGCAGGGCGUAGAGCGCACUGGUGUGGCCAACAACACAGAAGGUCAGGGACAGGAUUGUGUUUUCGCACAAGGCAAGAGCGAGAGACAGACAGACAGACAGACACAGAGGGUGAGAGAGAGAGAAUGGGCUUCGAGGAGGAAAAAGGAGGAGGAGGAGUAGCAUUGCUGUGCAUCUGCCAUAGCUAAGAACAAGCUGCUCUUCAUGCCGCUCCUGCCACGCGCGACCCAGGCGGACGCAGCCAAGGCACCCAUCACCGACAGACUUUCUCGCUAGCUCACCUCGCAUCUCUACUCUGGAUACCCUUUCAUCCCGUUCUUCCCUUCCUUGUAUCCUCGUUGUUUUCCACUACUGGAUGAUCUCGGAGCUGCAGCUUCGCCUGGAGUGAUCGUUUUGUGAGCAAUUCUGGUCGUUGGAAGCGUUUGAGGAGGGAGGAGGGAGCAGUCGAAAAGCGCGGUUUGCAAGCAGAUCGAGGUGCUCGGAUGGGCGGGCUUGCGUGCGUGAAGGAAAUUUGGAGUACUGAAGGUGACGUCUAACAAGGACUUUGACACUAGGAGGAGGAAUACGUUCCCGUGGUACAUGGUGGCGACACUUUGCGAGUGAGCCAGAGCGUAGCAAGCCUUGUCCUGGAGAAUGAAAAAUGCGCACGGUUGAGAUGAUGCUGAGCGGCGCAUAGUGGUGGGAGUCAGCACACGUUGAAAUGGCGACGGAGAGCCCUGUUAUGAUGAUGUCUGGAGGGAUUAGAGGGAAUAUGGGAACUCUGGGGGAGGGCCUACGGACUGGGAGCGGAGGUGGUCAUGGCACCUCACAGGAUCUGGAUGGAGUUACUGAGUUGGGUCGUCUUCUGAAAGGGCGAACCCGAUUCGAUAACAUUUUGAACUCUGGACACGUACCGCAAAGAAGCGGCAGUGCUCCUCCCAGCGUGGAGGGGUCUUUGGCAGCGAUGGGUGGGCUGCUCGACAUGCCCACCAGCCACAAAGGCGGGCGUGGUGCGAAUGUUCAAUCAGGGGAGGAGGAUGUUUUGGAUGCCGAAGAAGCGCAGCGCGCAGAUCCCAAGUACCUGGUAUAUUAUUACAGCAACAUCAAUCUGAAUCCGAGGUUGCCGCCACCGUUGAUAUCGUGGAAUAACUAUCGGUUGGCACAGAGAUUGCAAUCUGGGAUGGGAGCUGCGGGAUUCGGGGACAAGAAGAAGUUGCGGUCAAUGGACGACAGCAGCAGCAGGUCCUUGUUCUCGAGCCAGCCGUUAUUGCCGACACACAGAGAGGAGCCGGAGGUUCCAGAGGAGGACAAUUCACCGAUGGAGGCCCUUGCGAGGACGGUGUCUAGCGACUGGGCAGAAAGAGAGAGGGGUGAUGGGUUGAUGGGUUUGUCGUCUGGGCUUGGCCCCCGUCCCAAGAGCCUAGUAGAUCUGAUUCAGGAGGAUUUUCCUCGAACGCCGUCGCCAGUGUAUCACUUGUCUCGGUCGUCAAGCAGAGCCGCAAACGACGAGAGCGAGGGUGCGAAUCCGGUGUUGGAGCUGCAAUUGGCCCAUUUGCGGGAGUCGGGUGCGGGCGAAUCGAAUGCUGGAGCAAGUGGUAUGGGGUCGCGUAGUACGACUCCCGUUCCUGGAGUGUCGAAUCUGCACCAAUCUUCGGGGCCCGCAGCGCCUGUACCGAGAAUACCUACGCCAGAGAUUUUACUCGCAAGCAGUGUCCGUUCCGCCAGUCCGAGUUUGGCGAGGAUGGGCGGGGUAUCAGGACUUUCUGGAGGAAAUAUAUCUUUCUCUAGUUCGGAUGCGCGGAGCGUGGGUCUGGGGCGAGCCGCGAGUUCAAGCGCUGCGGAUUUCGCUCAGAUGGCAAUGCCGAUGAACAGGUCGGCGAGUGCAAGCACGGCGGAUUUCGAGGCAGCCUUCCAAGGGUUGAGUAUGUCGGAUAUACAGGGAUCGACGGCAGCGCGAGAGGAAAGAGAAAUGCAGCAACAGCAACAGAAGCAGCAACAGAAACAGCAACAACAGCAGCUGCAGCAACAGCAGGAGCAACAGCAGGCGCGGCUGCAGCAACAGCAGCAGGCGCAACGGCAGCAGCAGCGAGCUCAAAUAGCUGCGCAGGCGCAGUCGCAGGCACAAGCUCAAGCAGCGCAGGCUUUGGCAUAUUCGCAGGCUUUCCAGCAGCAGCUGUAUCCGGGUGUGGACUCUGGGUACCGAGGUCAGCCGAAGUUUGGUGUGGGUGGAACGGCAAGCCAACAAGCUGGGGCGGCCGGGCUCCAGCCCAAUGUCGGGGCAAACAAUAAUCCGGCGAAUAUGUAUGCUGCUGCAGCCGCCGCCAUGUACAUGGCACAGCAGAAUCCGUACUACCCGAAUUUGAACUCUGCGGCCGUUUACGGUCCACAGCAUGGGUUGGGUGGAUAUCCCGUGAAUCCGGCGAUGCUGGCCCCUAUGAUGGCCGGAUACCCACCCCCGGUGUUCGAUCCUGCAACUGCAGCUGCUCUUGCGAGCAUGGGCGUGAGAGGCGGCGUCCCCGGUUCGCCUGGUCAAGCAGCGGUGGACAUGCAGAACCUGUAUAAGUAUGCGGGCGGAGCAUCGCCCCAGAUGCACGAUCCGAUGUACUUGCAGUACAUGCGUGCCGCGGAGGAGGCCCGUGCAGCGGCGCUGGAUCCUUCGGUACUGAGAAAUUACAUGGGGGGAGGUCCCGUGGAUAUGGUGGAGCUUCAGAAGAACCAGCUGAGUGCAAUGCUGGGCGGUUACAGCGCGGAGCAGAAGUCGCAGUUUGGGAGAGCAGGGUCAAUGGGGAUCCCGAUCGCGAGCCAGAAGAGCGGUUCGAUGAGCCCAGCGUACUAUGGCAGUCCUCCUGGUGUGGGUAUGCCAUAUAACAAUUCACCUCUGACGAGCCCGGUGCUUCCGGGGUCGCCGGUGGGGGCGGGAAGUUUUCCGAUGCGGCGCGAUGAGCGGAACAUGCGGCUGUCUUCUGCGUCGAGGACGAGUUCCGGCAACAUGGGAGCUGCGAGCGGGGCGACAUAUGCAGGGUGGCAGGGGCAGAAGACGGGCGAGACGACUGAAGAGAGUCGGGGGUCAACGUUGCUGGAAGAGUUCAAGAACAGCAAGACGAGGCGAUUCGAGCUGUCGGACAUCGCAGGGCACGUUGUGGAGUUCAGCGCCGAUCAGCACGGGAGUAGGUUCAUUCAGCAGAAGUUGGAAACGGCAACCCUGGAGGACAAGAACAUGGUUUUUCAGGAGGUGCUUCCACGAGCUCUGGUGCUAAUGACGGAUGUUUUCGGCAACUAUGUGAUACAGAAGUUUUUCGAGCACGGCACUCAUCAGCAGAGGAGAGAGCUGGCAAGCAAGUUGGAGGGACAAGUUCUGGUGCUGAGUCUGCAGAUGUACGGUUGCAGAGUGAUUCAGAAGGCGCUGGAGGUGGUGGACGUGGAUCAACAGACGCAGUUGGUGUCGGAGUUGGAUGGGAACGUGAUGCGGUGUGUGCGGGACCAGAACGGGAAUCACGUGAUUCAGAAGUGCAUCGAGUGUGUGCCGCCCGCUAAGAUCCAUUUCAUCAUCUCUGCGUUUUACAAUCAGGUGGUGACUCUGUCUACGCAUCCUUACGGAUGCCGGGUGAUUCAGAGAGUCCUAGAGCAUUGCACGGACGAGCAGAAGCAGAAGGGUAUCAUGGAGGAGAUAUUGCGUUCCACUUGUACUCUGGCUCAGGACCAAUACGGCAACUAUGUUGUGCAGCAUGUGCUUGAGCAUGGACGAGAUCACGAGAGAAGCGAGAUCAUCACAAAGCUUGCGGGGCAAAUUGUACAAAUGAGUCAGCACAAGUUUGCAUCGAACGUGGUGGAGAAGUGCUUGGAGUACGGCGGGCCAGUGGAGCGACAGAUACUGAUCGAUGAAAUGCUUGGUCUGACGGACGAGAACGAGCCGCUGCAGGCAAUGAUGAAAGACCAGUUCGCAAACUACGUGGUCCAGAAGGUGUUGGAAACGUGCGAUGAGUCGCAGCGCGAACUGUUGCUGGGUCGUAUUCGGGUGCACUUGCAUGCUCUGAAGAAGUAUACUUAUGGCAAGCAUAUCGUUGCGCGUGUGGAGAAGCUGGUUGCCGCCGGGGAGAGGCGGAGUGCUGCGUACAUGGCACACAACAACAGCAACAACAACAGCAGCAACAACAACGUGGUCAGUUGAAGGUCCGACGGAGAUGUUGAACGAUGUCGGCUUGGGUGAAGCGCGGAAGGAUGGCGGAUGGUAGCGUCUGGUGGUGGAGGAGCAGAAGCCAGUCGUUGGUUUGCCCGUGUUCCAUUGUGGGGAUUGUGGUGUGGUGUGGUGCGGGGGGUGCGGGCAAUCCGAAGACGGAAGGACCCAAGGGUGGAGUGGGCGGAAAGCAUUUGAGAGCAGUAAAUAGUGUAAUAGUGUAGGAUUGUAUUCAGAUUGUGUUGAUGGUUGGGGGAGGGGCUGGGGUCGGGCCAUUGCAGGUCGUACCGGCAUGUACGUUGGUGGUGGAUGUAUUUAUAAGCAACGGCUUUGGAGAUUGAGAGGUGGGAGCGGCGGGAGAAGUGCCGUCGUUCGUUGCCUGUCGGUGGGAGGCAGGCUUGGUCUGUCCCUGGUAAUGUGUGAUUUCAGGUCAGGCAGUUAGACAUGGAAGAGAGGGUGUGAAUGGGUACAGAGCAAUGUUAGUGAGUGAAAAGAAGGAAAGGGUCGAGGCAGGAGUUAGCUGUAACGGGCGUGUAUAAAGAGCAAGUGUCCUUCGUUCCAAACUGUACAGACUGACAUGUGUAGGUCUUGUGACGAGACGUUGGUUUUGAAGGAUCGGAAGGUGGGUAGUUGUAGGGCCCGUUCCAUUCUUGUAUCAUUCAUCGCCUAUCAUCAACGUUGAAUGAAUGUGAUGGCUGAGUAAUAUAUGCCAUGGCUCUUAAUUUAAAUGGAUGGAGAUCCUUUUCAUUUUCUUUA